AUGUGAAAAGAUAAAGAUGUGUAAAGGUCUUCCCUUCCUGUUUGUGUCUGCAGAUCAUGAUGUAGCCAUGAACAGAUUCAGCCGUCUGUCCAAGAAGAGAGACAACGACAAGCUGCGGGCGGAGGCCGUGGAGGAUGUCUACACCUCCCGCAAGAAACAGCACCAGACCAUGAUGCACUACUUCUGCUCGCUAAACACACUGCAGUACAAGAAGAAGACAGCGCUGCUGGAGCCGCUGCUGGGAUACAUGCAGGCACAGGUACACGCGCACGCACGACACCCUGUCAGACUGCAUAACCACCACAGCCCCUGGUAG